AUGACAAGAGGAGACGUGCUCAGGCGGGGGAAGGGAGGACGGCUCGCCGUGGUCGGACGGGAGGAGGGAGGACGGCUACAUCUGCCCGUCGCCGUCGCCGUGGUAGGACGGGAGGAGGGAGCCCGCCUCCUUCUGGCCGUCGUCGCCGUGGUAGGACGGGAGGAGGGAGCCCGCCUCCUUCUGGCCGUCGUUGCCGUGGUAGGACGGCAUGGACGCCUCCGGCACCGUCCCAGGAGGAAGUCGGUGUCCCGCUCGAUCAAGGCCGGCCUCCAGUUCCCCGUCGGCCGCAUCGGGCGGUACCUCAAGAAGGGUCCCUACGUGCAGCACCUCGGCACGGGCGCCCCCGUCUACCUCGCCGUCGUCCUCGAGUACCUCGCCGCCGAGCUGCUGGAGCUCACCGGGAACGCCGCCAAGGACAACAAGAAGAGCCGCAUCAUCCCCCGCCACCUUCUGCUCGCCGUCAGGAACGACGAGGAGCUCGGCAAGCUGUUGGCCGGCGUCACCAUCGCGCACGGCGGCGUGGUCCCCAACAUCAACACGGUGCUGCUACCCAAGAGGACCGUGGAGAAGGAGGGCAAGGCGCCCAAGUCGCCCAAGAAGGCCGCCACCCCGAAGAAGGCCUGAGGGAGAUGCGUUCUGUGUCGUUUAGGCUGUGUGCUGUGUAGUGUUCUUCUGAAUCUGAAUAGGGGUGUGAAGUCGUUCGGUUAGUUGUUGAUGUACCUUUUGUUGUGAUGGAAGUAAUUCAGAAAUCUCUUUUGAGUUCCCAAAUAUGCACCGGAGAUUUGCAUCUGUGGCGCGCGACCUGUUGCCUGUGCCCUUGAAA